AUGCUGUCUACUCAAAAGUCGAGUAAUACAGCAUUUUUAGCCAAACCAGGACAUACCAUUAAAUCAACAGAAUAUUCGAACCAUCAAUCAUCAUCUGUGCAAGGGAAGAGCCAGAAAAAUGAUUAUAGAGAUAAUCUCUGGUGCACUUAUUGCAGGAAAACUUGUCAUACCAAGGAGCGAUGUUAUAAACUCCAUGGCAAACCACAGAGUUAUGAGAAUCAAGUGAAUCAAGUGAAUCAAGCUCACAUGGUGAUUGAUUCUUCAUCCAAUCAAAAGUUUGAACAAACAGACCCAAGAAAUAUUGAGUCAACUCCAUCAAGCGAAGUAGAGAAACUUCACCUUGAAUUAGAGCAAUUGAAGGCAAUGGUAACACUCUUCUCUUGGUGUUUGAGCUCCAUCCCAAGAUAUUACUGGAUGUUAGGUAAUAGAUUCAGGAGCAACAGAUCAUAUGACAAAUUUGUCAUAUCAUUUUCUUACCUACACCCUAUGUUCUAAUGACUGGAAAGUGUUUACUACUGAUGGUACACUUCUUACGGUCACUGGUAUUGGAGACUUGACUCUUGAACCUUUAGGAAUCCUCACCAAAGUUCUUCAUGUUUCCAAGCUUUUCACCAACCUUAUUUCUGUAAAAAGCCUUGUUAAAAACACAUCUUAUCAUGCCUUCUUUGAUGAAGACCUUUGUGUUUUCCUUGAUAAGGUUCAGAAGCAGAGGAUUGGAGUUGCUAGAGUACGAGGAGGACUUUACAUCUUGGAGGGAUCUAGCCAAACCUGUCUUGUGGAAGCGGAUCUAUCUCUAGAACAUCACAAGGAUCUGAAUCACAUUUAGCUCCUUCAUCAAAGAUUAGGCCAUCCUUCCUUUGCUAUUGUGAAGAGUUUUCGUCCUUCCUUGUUUCAAAAGGUGUCUGUAAAAACCCUUAAGUUUGACAUAUGUGAACCGUCCAGACAUACUCGUGUUUCUUUUCCAAUUAGAAACGAAAGGAGUGAGAUCCCUUUCUCUUGCGUCCAUAGUGAUGUUUGGGGACCAUGUCUCAAUGUAGAUCUACCAGGUAAUAAAUGGUUUGUUACCUUUGUGGAUGACUGCACUCGUUGCAUGUGGGUUCUUCUUAAGCAAAAAUCAGAAGUUUCAAUUGCGUUGAAAUGAUUCUGUGCAAUGAUCAAAAUCCAAUUCGAUAAUCCUAUAACAAAAUUCAAGUUAGAUAAUGCUAAGGAAUACUUUAGCAAUGAUCUGAAUUCUUUUCUUCAUGCUGAGGGUAUUAUACAUGAGUCUUCAUGUGUUAUACUCCUCAGCAAAAUGGAUUUGUAGAAAGAAAAAAUCGACACCUCUUGAAAGUUACAUGAUCACUCUUUUUUCAGGCAGGUGCACUCAAUUUUUUUUGGAGUGAAGCUCUCUUAACAGCAACACAUUUAAUAAAUCGUCUUCCCACUAGAACCUUGUGUUUCCAAAGUCCUAUGGAAAAGUUAGCUUCUUAUUUCCCUCUUAAUCAUCACCAUAUCUCAUUAGGGCCUCGCAUUUGGAUGUGUCUCAUUCACCCAUAAUCACAAUUCAGCUAAAAGUAAAUUAGAUCCAAGAUCCCUCAAAUGUAUAUUUGUUGGAUAUUUAACAACUCAAAAGGGGUAUUGAUGUUAUCAUCCACCAACUCAAAAAUUCUUUACAACUAUGGAUGUCACCUUUUAUGAAUCAGUUUUUACUUCCAGAAAAACUCACAAGACACUUCUUUGCCAUUUCCACCUUUACUUGAUUUUUUUCCAGAAGGAGUUUCUUCUCCUUCAGGUCAAAUUAUUCUACCAAUUCAUGUGUCUGACCAAAGUCCAUCUCUUCCUGAUCCACUUCUUGAAAAACUCAGAUUUGGUCAGGUUUAUUCAGGAACAUGAGUACCUCCAAAUUCUGGAUCACCCCAAGACUCCGAAUUGACCUUAACUAAUGACCAAUAAACCACAUUCAUCCCUAUAGAAAAUACUACUAGUCCCCAAUCCAAUGACCUUCCUAUUGCCCUUAAGAAACUUCCACGAGCCUGUACAAAAUACCCAUUAUACCCUUCAGCGAACUUUAUUUCCUAUCAUAAAAUUUCUCCAUCUUAUAAAACCUUCCUUGCUACCUUAGAUAAUAUUACCAUUCUAGUUAAUAUUUCAGAAGCUCUCUCCAAGAAAGAGUGGAAACAAGCCAUGGAUGAUGAGAUGCAUGCUCUUGAGAGAAAUAAUACAUGAGAAUUGGUACCUCUUCCUAAGGAUAAACAGGCAGUUGACUGUAAAUGAGUUUAUUCUAUAAAAUGCAAUGCUGAUGGAUCAGUUGAAAGGUACAAGGCCAGACUCUUAGUUAAAGGAUAUACACAAGUUUAUAGAAUUGACUAUCAUGAAACUUUUUUCUCCUGUGACAAAAAUGAACACAGUCAGAAUUAUUUUAUCAUUGGCUGCUAUUUUUAGUUGAAAUAUUCAACAAUAUGAUGUGAAGAAUGCCUUUCUUCAUGGAGAUCUUACUGAUGAAGUAUAUAUGUAUUAUCCACCUGGUUAUGGAGGAAGUUUAUCAUCAAACAUUGUUUGCAGACUAAGAAAGCCGUUGUAUGGACUGAAACAAUCUCCAUGUGUAUGAUUUGGGAGAUUUUCUACUGAUCACACAUUAUUUUUCAAGCAUACUUCAUUAGGGAGAGUUACUAUACUUCUAGUUUAUGCUGACGACAUUAUAAUUACUGGAAGUGAUGACAUUGAACAAGGAAAUUUGAGCAAAUAUCUUGUCAAAGAAUUUAAUAUCAAGACUUUGGGUUGUCUUAAAUAUUUUUUAGGCAUUGAAGUGGCUCAUUCUUCUAAGGGCAUAUUCAUCUCUCAACGAAAGUAUGUGGCAGAUCUUCUAAAGGAUACUGGAAAGUUUGCAUGCAAACCACCUAGCACCCCCCUUAAUCCUAACCACAAACUUAGUGUUGGUAAAGGGGAGGAGUGUAUUGAUCGAGAAAUGUAUCAAUGUCUUAUUGGACGAUUGAUAUAUCUCACACACACUAGACCUGACAUCUCAUAUGUAGUUAGUCUCUUAAGUCAGUUCAUGCAUCGACCAACUGAAUCCCAUCUUCAUGCUGCCUAUCAGGUGUUACACUACUUAAAGGGAACUCCUGAAAAGGCAUUCUCUUCAAACGUGGUGAUAAAGUAACAAUUGAGAUGUAUGUUGAUGCUAACUAUGCUGGUUCUCUUUUAGAUCGUCGGUCAACCUCAGGUCUUAUGAUGUUUAUGGGAGGAAAUUUGGUUACUUGGCACAACAAGAAACAGAAUGUGGCUGCUCGUUCAAGUGUAGAAGCAGAAUUCAAGGCACUUACGCAUGGAAUAUAUGAACUACUUUGGGUGAAGAUUUUACUCACUGACCUAAAGAUUCCCAUUUCAGGUCCUAUGAAGCUCUACUGUGACAAUAAAUCUACAAUUAAUCUUGUGCAUAAUCCCAUUCAACAUGAUCGCACAAAGCAUGUGGAGAUAGACCGUCACCUUAUCAAGGAAAACUUGGAAUCUAAAGAAAUCUGUAUUCCCUACAUCUCCACUCAACAUCAACUAGCUGAUUUGCUAACAAAAGGUGUUUCUGCGACUCAACUACAACAAGUGCGCUCCAAGUUGGGAAUGGAUGAUAUCCACUCACCAACUUGA